AGCGGUUGCACUCCACCACCAUGUUUGAGGAACACGCCGUCACGAUCGGGUCGCUGGUUUCGACGGUCGCCAUUCUGGUCGUCGCCUGGCUACUCGCCCGCCGAUUCGCCUCGCACAUGCCGCGCGUCGAGUUCUACGUGUUUCUGUGGCUGGCGUACGACGCACUCAUCCACACCAUCCUGGAAGGAUCGUUCGUGUUCAUGUCUCUGCGCAGCACUGUCAAGGAGCACGACAAUGCGUUUGCUUCAUUGUGGAAAGAGUACAGCAAAGCGGACGCUCGCUGGCUCGUCUCCGACCCGACGGUGGUUUCGCUCGAGAUUCUGACCGUCUUUUUCGACACGUUCUUGUGCGUGGUCAUCAUGUGGGCGAUGGUAUACAACAAGCCAUACCGGCAUUAUCUGCAAGUCGUUUUGUGUGUGUGCGAGCUUUAUGGCGGUUGGAUGACUUUCUGCCCAGAAUGGCUCGUUGGCUCCCCUGCGUUGAACACCUCCAACCCGCUUCAUCUCUGGGUGUACCUGUUCUUCUUCAAUAUGGUCUGGGUGGUAGUCCCGUUGGCCUUGAUGUGGCAGUCGUGGAACUUUUUGAACAAUGCCGUGCUUGCAGGCACCGGCAAUCCCAGUCAGUCCACUCGGUCUCGCAAGAAGCUGCAGUGAGCAUUUCCGUCCCCUCGUUUGGAGCAUUGUGCUGCGAGAACAGAAGUUUGCCAUUUGUUCAAACGGGAAUUUCCGGUGAGCUUUGCAUGAACGUGCUCCGAAAUACAAAACGCCCACAGCGUCAAGAAUAAAAUAUUUCAGAAACAA